AUGAGUUUCUCCGACGACGAGGACUUUAACGACAUCUACGGUGAUGACUCAAACGCCUCUAACACCACCUCGACUACCGCUGCCACCACAGCUGUCGAAGGCACUAAACCAGAAGUAGCAGCCCCAGAGGCGUCCAAAGACAAUGCGGAUUCAACUAAACCUAACGAAAUCAGCUCUACUACGGGCGCGGCAGCCGGAUCUGCAUCGGCCCCUACUACAUCUACUUCGUCUUUAGACCAACUAGCGGCCCUUCAGGCACUAUCCUCCAACUUGAAUCAACUUCAGCAAGCCGCAAACGGUAGUAACAACGGUAGUGAUCUCUCUUCACAACAGCAGCAACAAUCAGCUCAAGAACAAGCAUCUGGCGCCCCAGGUACUGCAAAUGCUUCAUCGAUGGGCAUGUCUGGAACUCCAGUUAUGCCUGGGAUGACGGAUAUGGCAGGGAUGCCAGGUAUGCCUAGUAUGCCAGGGAUGCCCGCUAUGCCCGGGAUGCCAAAUAUGCAGCAAUGGCAGCAGCUGCAACAAUUACAACAAAACAUGCCUCAAUUUCAACAAGGUGGAUCUUCCGCAGCCGCUGCAACCCUUGCCCAGGAAAAGGUCAACAAAGCCGAUCUUUCUCGUGACAUUUGCAAGAUGUUUAUCGGUGGCUUGAAUUGGGAAACCACGGAAGACAACUUGAAGGAUUACUUUUCCAAAUAUGGUGUAGUGACUGACCUCAAAAUUAUGAGAGACAAUGCCACUGGAAGAUCGAGAGGUUUCGGUUUUCUAACGUUUGCAGAGGCUUCUAGUGUAGAUGAAGUUGUAAAAACCCAACACAUUCUUGAUGGUAAAGUUAUCGAUCCAAAGAGAGCUAUUCCUCGUGAAGAACAGGACAAGACGGGUAAAAUUUUCGUUGGCGGUAUCGGUCCAGAUGUUAGACCCAAAGAAUUUGAGGAAUUCUUCUCUCAAUGGGGAACUAUCAUUGAUGCUCAAUUAAUGCUGGAUAAAGAUACUGGUAGAUCAAGAGGUUUUGGUUUUAUUACUUAUGACACUCCAGAUGCAGUCGAUCGCGUUUGUGAGAAUAAAUUUAUCGAAUUUAAAGGUAAGAGAAUAGAAAUUAAAAGAGCAGAACCCAGGCAUUUGCAAAAACAGCAACAACAACAGAAGAUGCAGCCUGUUGGAGGUUCUGGUCAGUUCAAUAUGUUUCAAAAUCCAAUGAUGGGUAAUUUUAAUCCUAUGUUCAAUCCACAAGCUAUGGCAGAAUAUUAUAAUAAAAUGCAAGAAUAUUAUGCUCAAAUGCAGCAACAAACAGGUGUCGAUUAUAGUCAAAUGUAUCAACAACAAAUGCAGCAAAUGCAACAAAUGAUGGGCGGCAUGAUGCCCGGCAUGUCCGGAAUGCCCGGUAUGCCAUCUGGUCCUUCAGACACACCGACUCAAGAGUCCUCUGAUGUUCCUACUAUCGGAUCUGACGAAAAGUUGGAUGACAAUAAUGAUAGUGAGAGAGAUUAUGACAAAAGAGCUCCUUCACCCCCAAUGAACGCCCCAAGGGGCCCUAGAAUGGGCAGUUCGCGUGGCGACAACCGAGACAGUAACCGGGAACCCAAUCGUGACUACAAUCGCGAUGGUAACCGCGACAGCAGUCGGGAUAGUCGUGAUGGCCGUGAUGGCCGCGAUGGUCGCGAUGGCCGCGAUGGCAACCGUGGUAAUUACCGCUCUGGAUUCCGUGGCAAUCGCAGCCGCGGCGGUAGUUACCGUGGAGGCCGUAGUGGCUAUUCUAGACGCAACAACAACGGUUAUCAUCCAUAUUCUACUUAA